CAUAAUUCGGUACGCCGUUCCGGUGCGCACUCAAGCUUCGUGCUUUGCAGCCGUGUUUGUUGAUCAUCAGCCGGGGGAGAGAAAGACGAUAGUGUGAACAUUUUUACUUUCAUUGAUACUCGCCUCCGGUUGGUCCUCGGUCCGGACCUUCGUUACGUGUAACUACGCGUGAGCGGCGUACGCGCGUUUUCCGCAAUUCAUUGAUCUUUACGCGCUAGUCACGCGCGAUUCAUAUGUCGCGCCUCUGAAGUAACGCGCGACGAGACCGGUGCCGCCGCGAAACAGAACAAAAGAAUUAGUGCGCGACGAGAAAACGUGAGGAGAGAAUGAAGAAGUACACUCACCGGUAGAGCUUCGUCCUGAAAUCAAUCUGCCUGUCAAAUCAGUCAGUUAAUUGGUGUCAGUCAUCAAGAGAAUACACACACGAUUUGGUGCAUCCGUGCAUCUCGUUCCGGGAAAUUUCCACGUGUCGCUGAAACAGAAAACGAAGAAUCUCUUGAUUAUUUUCAUUUUUUCUCAGUACGACAGCGUACGAGCACACGAAGAACGGAGAUUAAACCAACGGAGGAGAGAAGAGCAUGCGGUAUUAAAACAGAAGAACUGCGUAGAAAAGAGAAGACAAAGCAAAAUAAUUAAAGAAAUGGAACGUAAAUGGACUGAAGCAGUGUUUUUAUUGUUAGUACCCUAAACUUCAAUGGUCAAGAACCAAAAAGGAAACCUUAAAGUCGAUUUUCCGGCAUUGGAUGCCGGAAUGCCGCGCCGAAUACGUCGCGGGCGGGCAAAGGGUGAAAGCAUUUCGGAACGCAUGAAGAAGUGAUUAUAAGAGAAGACACACGAUUGCGGUACACGCCAACGUAUCGUUGAAACGGUUAAGGAACGACCUACAAAGGAACCACUCAUACAGGAAUCCAUAAACAGCGACGUAUAUUUGGCAAAUUAUAUAAACUGUUUCCUGAAGUCGGCUUCCUUUGAUUUGUUGUUAAACUCGUUUUAUAACGACGUGUUCCUAUUAUGCACCAUAAGUACUAUGAAACCCAUUAAAGUAAUAUAUCUAAAGUUUCCUCUCUACUUGCUUUUAUUUGGACAUUUAUUCGCUUGCAUUCACUUUUGACAUUGCCUGUGGCCAUUGCGACAGUCCGUUUGACAUUUGGUGUCGAGUGUAACAUCAAAUUUAAACGCGUUGCAACUUAAUUUUGGCGCAAAUUAGGCCGCUCAUCGCGCGAUUCAGUCAAGGUCGCUGAAAUCUCACGGGAAUAGAGAGAGAGUAGGAAAGGGAGUGUACCGAAAGAGGGUAAGAGAGUGUUCCUACGGGGUGCCAGAGAGAGCACGAUACCACCUCGGGCCGUCAAUUCAAAGAGGACGGACGCCAUGGCGGCUUCUUCGUCCUCGAGCGGCAACGAGCAGCAGUACUCUCUUAGAUGGAAUGACUUUCAGUCGAGCAUCCUCAGCUCGUUUCGGCAUCUAAGAGACGAAGAGGACUUCGUCGACGUCACGCUCGCGUGCGAUAACUGCAGCUUCACCGCGCACAAAGUCGUUCUUUCGGCAUGCAGUCCGUAUUUCCGACAGUUGCUCAAGGCAAAUCCAUGUCAGCAUCCGAUUGUAAUCCUAAAGGAUGUGGCAUCGUCGGACAUGGAGUCCUUGUUGCGCUUCAUGUAUCACGGGGAGGUAAACGUGGGUCAGGAGCAGCUGCCUGCGUUCUUGAAGACGGCGCAGAUGCUUAAAGUAAAAGGACUAGCGGACGUCAACAAAGGUUCCUCCAGCGCGAAAAUUCCACCUUCCUCGUCGUCGAUCAGUAACAACGCUAGCGCGCCCGCAACACCGCGUAAUCCUUGGCAGGAUAACAGUAGAGAUCUCAAUGAAAGCGAUAAUAGCCCGCCUCCAAAACGAGCGAGAAGUUGCAGCCCGCAGAAUCAUAUGGAAGAAAAGUCGGAUCUUCAGGACUCAUUGUUAGGUCAGGCACUUGAAGGCGGACCUACGAUACACAUGACACCCACAAACAACGUACAGGCACAGUCGACUUUCGAGGAUUCGAACUCUAUGUCGGAAAAUGACGAUGACAUGUCGAAUAACGACAGCAUCCUGAACGCGGUGAAGACCGAGCCGAGCGACAUUUUAAAUGACCCUGUAGAUUCUGUUCAUCGUAACAACAGUAACCAUCACGUUAUACCCGCGGCAUUGUUGGGCCUUCAAGGAAUAAACUUGCCAGGACCGUCCGGUAUACACACGCCUGUACAUCAGGAUCCAAGUUACGUCCUCAAUGCACGAUCCCGACCUGCGCUAGAGUUGAUGCGAGUACGUGCCACGGAUCCUAGACCCUGUCCGAAGUGUGGAAAAAUAUAUCGUUCGGCACACACGUUACGCACUCACUUGGAAGACAAGCAUACGGUCUGCCCAGGUUAUCGCUGCGUCUUAUGUGGUACAGUAGCAAAAUCUCGGAAUUCUCUUCACUCACACAUGUCGAGACAGCAUCGCGGAAUCAGCACAAAGGAUCUUCCAGUCUUGCAAAUGCCAAGUCCGUUUGAUCCCGAAUUGGCAUCUCGAUUACUGGCAAAGGCCGGAGUGAACGUGAGCCCGGCUGAGCUCCGAGCGCGAGCCAGCCCCACGGCACCUCGAAGAAGCGACAUGAGAUUGGAACUACCUCGCGGAGGCGCUGCUUCCGAGACCGGUAGCAGCAUUUGUGGUGGUGACGAUCCCGAAGAUCUCUCACUCACUGUACACAAUCUUAGAUACGGUUCGCCAACGCCUACCAACCACAGCGUGAUCACUAAGUCAACCGGUAAUAUUAACAGCAAUGGCAAGAAUUCAACGUCAUCGGCAAUUGCCGCUAAGUCUCUCGACACGAUGCACGGUAGCCGCGAGCCCAACAUGGCGCCGCUGCAUCCAUCCGUUCAUCAUGCCGUUCACAAUACUAGUGCUAUUGCCGGCACGGCGAUUCUGGAUACUUAUUUACAGUUGAUAGCGGAAAGUUCGAGCCUAACAACAAUGGGACUAACUCCGGAACAAGCGGCUGCAAUGGCUAACGCUGCCAAGGUGGUCCAUCAAAUGACCGUCAUGGAUAAGCGCGACCUUGCUCGCAGCUUGGACGAUUAUCCUGUCAUCUGUAGGGAUGAGGGACGGGAAUCCGGAAUCGUUCACGAGAACAGGCAUGAUACAAGAGAUGCGCACGAGAGACAUAGCGAACUUACAGACGACGUGGAUUCAUCCGGCGGUGAGGAGGAACUUAGUGAGAACGAAGAACCCGAAGUAGGCAAGAACGAGUAGUUCUUUGUUAUUUGUUGUACAAUCCGUAUAGCUUUCUGAAGUUCCUUCAGAUAACUUUGCAUUCGCAUAAUUGCUGUGCUGCGAUUUAGUCGAUGAAAAAGGCAGAUAUAAUACGCACCAUCCAUUGCAAACUCAAUAUUUUGUUUUUGUAUUUGUUGUUCUUACGCGGGGAUGGCUUGUGAAACAAAUGACGUAUGAACGAGCCUUGCUUAUUAAUAAGAAUCAUUAGGGCAAGUAUAUGUAUAUACAUAUGCACAUAUAUAUGUAUAUACAUAGAACAUAUUCAUAUAUCAUACAACAAACACACUAAAUAUUGGGUUUGGAAUUUUUUGGAAUACCAAAAUUUAAUUUAACUUUUGGUACGUCGAAUUAUGGUUGUUGGAGCUUGCUUGGAACUUGGAUUUUGGCAGUAGUAUAACUCUUAAGACGAACGUUUAUAUCUACAGCAUCAAAAGCCUACCAAGUUUAACAAGCAGUGCGACACGUGUGUCGCAUAUCUGCGUCCGCAACUAUGUCACAAAGGUGCUUUCUUACGAUAUUGCUAAUGUAUCGUAAUUGCAACUACAUGAUUUUUUCUCGCAACAACUAAUGGGGCAAGAGACACAUAUACCCCAUAAAUAUUCCAUCCAUCUACCUCAGUGCACAUGAUAGGUGAUAGAACAGGCUAAUACGAAUCUCACUAAACGAAAGAGAAUGAAAUAUGCCGCUGGAUCAUGGAACGGAAACGCGGGCUAUAAUGCCGCGUUGCUGCUUGCAUGUCUAAUGAUACUGAAAUUUAUGACAAGGCAACUGUUUUUGCUGUUUAUUUUCUUGCGGAAGAUUUUUCUGAUGAUGGAAGACUUAAAAAUAAGUAGACUUAAAUAGAUUUCACGUAAACGAUUUAAAGAUAGUUAGAUAAGUUCAUAAAUAGAUAGACAGACAAUGUUAUAUUAUUAUACAGGAUGAUUCUGAAAUGCAUGUUAAUAUUAUAUAUUGCAUAUCGCAGUGUGUUUUAGAACACAAAGUGUACACUUCAAGCACUUUGAUGUAAUUAAAAAAAUAAAGUCUAAACAAUUUAUAUUCGUAA